AUGCCAGUGUCCGUCUGCUGCCAGUGCCAGCACCAUCAGUGUGAAUAGGAUGCCGAGUUCAGGCUGGCUGUGUGUGCGCGGAGUGCUUGUAGCCCUGCUGGCCGGGGUAGUCACUGUACAGGCCGGCCUCUAUUCCUCGGAGCAGCCGCUGGUGUCACUGGCCGGGGCUAGUCGUCAGCUACUGCUGGGUUCCAGGAGCUCCUGGCUGGCUGAGUUUUACGCAUCCUGGUGCGGACACUGCAUUAAUUUCAGUGGGACAUGGAAAGAGCUGGCGCAGGAUGUGAAGGAUUGGAGACCUGCAGUGUAUUUGGCUGUAUUAGACUGUGCGGAACAGUCAAACAUGGAAGGCUGUACAGACUUUGGAAUAACCGGAUAUCCCACCCUAAAGUUCUUUAAAGCUUUUGCACAAAGUCCAUCUGAAGGCAGCAGAAUUGCAGCCACCAAUGUCGCUGAUAUAAGGCGCAGGAUUAUUGAUCGUCUGGAGAGCCAGAAAGAAUCACCACCACCAGCUUGCCCUCCGCUGGAGCCAAUCAGUGCCACUGAAGUUGACCAGUUUUUUAAGAAUAACGAAGAGACGUACCUAGUGCUGAUAUUUGAGAAUCCGAAAAUGUACAUAGGGAGAGAGGUUGCACUUGACAUGGUGCAGUAUGAAGGAGUCUCAGUACGUCGGGUAAUUAAUGAUCAAACUGACCUUGUGGAAAGGUACAAAGUCUCUGCUUUUCCUUCUGGUUUCUUACUGUCAAGAAAUGGAUCUAUCAGUAAAGUCAACCUGGAGGAAGAGACUCGAUCUUCAUAUACAGAUUUCUUGAGGUCACUGCCCGGGGUGAAACGAGGAUCUGUCACUCUGAUUGGAUGGUCGGAAACUAUUAACGGUGUCACCCCAGCCCCACGAAGACAAGCAGACGGUUCCAAGGUAUACAUGGCGGACUUGGAAUCAGCUCUACAUUACUCCUUGCGUGUUGAAGUUGCCCGUCACCCAACACUAGAAGGGGAAAAACUAAAAGCUCUAACGGACUACGUCAAAGUGUUGAGAAAAUUUUUCCCUGCACGCCCCAUGCUUCGGACACUUCUGUUUACAGUCGGUAUCUGGCUUCGUAAACAAGCCGGCAAAACCGUUUUGUACGAUGACUUUGAAGAUGUGUUAAACAACAAAAACCAGCCAAAGCCGCUGCGUGCUGUGAUGGCUCCGGACGUGAACUAUGUUUGGUGUCAGGGCUCUAAGCCUGAAUUCCGGGGAUUUCCCUGUUCUCUCUGGACUCUCUUUCACCUACUAACUGUGCAGGCGUCUGAUCUGUCGCGGCAAGGGCUGGCCAGGUCUGCCCCACAGGAGGUACUGCAAGCAAUGCGAGGUUAUGUGCAGCAUUUCUUUGGCUGCACGGAGUGUGCAGGGCAUUUUGAAGAAAUGGCGGCAGAAUCCAUGAGGAGCGUGCGCUCCUUAGAUAGUGCGAUCACAUGGCUGUGGGAGCGUCAUAACCGUGUAAAUAAAAGAUUAGCAGGAGCCAAGAGUGAAGAUCCAGAUUUCCCAAAGAUUCAGUGGCCUACACCAGAACUCUGCCCCUUCUGUCGAAUCCAUGAAGAGGGUAAGGAAUCAACAUGGGAUUACCCAAAUAUGCUGAAUUUUAUGAAGACUCAUUUUGCCAAGGAUAAUAUAAAUUAUGAGUAUUUGGAAGAUGAGAAGGUGCUUCUGGAAAAUCAAAGAAAGAAUGAGAGCAAUCAAAGGAAUAAAAGGGAUCUCUCAGAGUUGAAGGCUCCAAGCUACAAUGAAGAAAAGAUCUCGCUGUCCAAAGUGGAAGAAAAUAAUGCAGACAAGAAAGACGAUAAAGAAACAAUUGCACACCAUAGACCAAGUAUCAUAAAAAUGAAACUUGCAGUCCAUCCCCAAGCUGAAGAUGAGGUUAAUGAAGAAAUAGUGGACUUGGACUCAUUUUCAAAUCGUUUGUAUCCAGUCAAAUUACUAAAAGAUCCCAAUCUGCUUAAUGAAGUACAUGCACGUCACCCUGAGACAUUGCUGGACCCCCCUGAUGCUGAGUUUGAUCCAGUUGCAGCAAGAGAGAGGCUUUUGAAGAGAGGAGUUGAUACAAAGUAUCUUGUUGGAGUGGUCAUGGAAAAUGGGGAGAUCAAUUGGAAAGGGCGCUGGGUGAAGAUGCUGGAAGUUGGAUUCUCACGUUUAGACAUUAGUCUUUGUGUCGUUCUUUAUUUUCUAUCCAGCAUGUGCUUGCUCAUUAUGUAUCUGUACCUGAGUCUCAGGACACGGUUCCUUAAGCCACGCUGUUCAUGUCCUCAAGCGUAAAAUGAACCAUUAUCUGUGCACUUGAGUAUGACCAUCCUGGUGCUCUGAAUAUCCCACAGAGCAGAGUUCGUACAAACAGUGUUUAAAGUGCCUUUAGGAAUGUUCUCUUAGGACCAAAAUGAUUCAACUGUAGUUUUAUCUGAUUUUAUCUGCCUUAAAUAAAACAUAAAACCAAACAA